AUCUCCUGCUCCGAGAAGCCUGGUUUCAGUUUUCCCCCUUCCGUGAUCUUGCGCCCGUCCUCCUCGAUCUCGUUUUCCGAUCCGCGCGUGGAAUUGGGUCUUGGAUUGUCUCGAUCCGUAUAGAGCGAAGCGAUCUGAGGAUUUCGCCUUGGAAUCGUUCUUUAUCGGACUUUUUUCGGUGGAUCUUAAGGGUGGUUGAAGACGCGGAACAGCAUGCGGUGGCUGAGCCUCUCCGUGGAUGUUCUUCGGAAAGUGAUUUCCUUGAACUUGUAUUGUAGGGUCAUUCUGUAACUCCACUUCCCUUUCCCCUGCUCGCCUCUUUUCUACUGCUCUCCUUCCUUUCUCUUGCUUCAUGGCAUCGAAGCCAUAUUCCUUUAGAACUCGUUGAAACCUCGAAGAGAAAAAGAAGAGAAGAAGGGGAUCUGUUCUUUUUCUUCUGGUCUCCUGGACUCUGUCUGAGCUGCCUUCUGUGAAGAGUUACUGGGUUCUUUCCAUUUCUUUUGGUUUCUUCUUAAUUCCUGUCGGACUGGUUUGCAUUCGAGGGAAAGAAGAGUAGUAAUGGUGUGCCAAGCAGCGACGCAGACGAGAUUCCGAGCAUUGAAACACGAGAGUGGGAUCGCCGGUAGCUCCACCAUAAUCGUUAGGAUCAUAGCUUGCUUCCAGCCAUUACGGGAUUGCCAGGCCGAGUACUUCCGCCAUCUCCUCAAGCCCGUUACGUAGAUUAACUUCCUCCUCUCUGCUUCGUCAAAUAAAGCUGGAAUCUUUACUGUUAGUGGAAGAGAUUCUUGUGGAUAGGACAUUCGAUCUUAGCUGAUUUCCGCCUGGUGAUUGCUCUGGUGAUUUUUUGUUGAUGGGGAAGGACUUCGAUCCUUGGAUCCACUGCCCGCACGCACCAUGGCGAUUUAGUAGCUGUGCGAGUAGUCCCCGGCAACCCGAUGCCGGGCCGCAGAACACCAAUUCCAUGAUGUUUCCUACUUACUUCAACCCUUAUGGGUGUGCCUUCUCUGGCAAUGCCGCCCCUCUUUUCCCUGUGUUUCAAGCACAGAAAACGCCGCCGAAGACACCGGCAUCGAUCCCGCCUUCCAUCCACACCUAUGGACCGACAGGAUUUGCUGCUGAUUCUCAGAAGAGAUUCCUGGUUUUCGAUCACUCCGGGGAUCAAACGAGCUUAAUCUUCAGCUCAUCCGGCACCCCGUUUGCGAGUCCGAUACCCAUGAAUCGAGCACCGGACAUGCAGGGCAGCAACGAGACCAAUGUUUCCGAUGGCGGUCAUGGCGGCGAGGAGAUGCAUGAAGACACCGAAGAAAUCGAUGCACUUCUGUACUCGGACUCUGAUGAUGAGCAGGAGGAAGAAGCAGCGAGCACGGGGCACUCUCCGGUCAAGAUGGCAGCAGCAGAUAGUGUUGAAGAGGUCGCCAGCUCUACCGUGCGAGCCAAGAGAAGAAGAUUUGAUCCGGAACUCGACGCAUCGCUCGUGGAUACAGCGAGCUCGGUGGUAGCUGAUCACUGCCAUGACUUGUGCUCCUCCGCCUAUAGGAACAAAGAUACCAGCGAUGACGCCGAGUCCAGCUGUGUGAGGGGUGGCGAGAAAAGAAGGCUGGUGGAAGAAGAGCCCGAAGUACGCAGCGACUCCAACCAUGGAAGCAAGCGUCUGAAGAGGACGAGGAUACAAGAGACUGUCGGCGUACUGCGAAGAAUCAUUCCGGGCGGAAAGGGCAAAGACGCGGCCACCAUUCUCGACGAAGCCAUUCGCUACCUCAGAUCCCUCAAGCUGAAAGCCAAGGCUCUGGGUGCCACUCCACUGUAGCAACAACUUCAGCAGAAGCACCUCCAUAACUAGUAGUAGCUCUACGUACAUAUAUUACUGUUAGUUUGUGGUACUAAUUAGCAGCCGUAGUAGCCGUAGAAACCUCUCGUUAUUUUUUUGGUUGAUGUUGAGAUUGGGCUCAUUGUGGUCCGGAGGAAAGGAGAGAGAAGCCAAUGGUCUCUCUCCACACGGCUCCAAUGAUUGAAGGUGGGAAUCAGCACUCUAGUGCAUUCCAUUAGUGGGGUGUGAGGCUUCUCUCUCACCCUCUCUCUCUCUCCUUGGUCUUUUGAUGGUGGGGAUGGAGGAGUAUGAUGGUCCAAUAAAGCAGUCCUGCUAGUGUCUUUGCGGGCUUGUGUUGUGUGCGUUGGGGUGUGGGUGGUAAGGGGGGGAAGGGCGUGAUUUCAAGUGAUACGCAGAGAGGGGGGGGGUGGUGAGAGCAGUCUCUUUUGACCGCAAGGGCAUGAUGGGAGCUUGAGGCAGUAGUACACGCAUGUGGCGUUGGAUUCGGGAAGGGCGGGCGCGCGCGCGUGGGAGGGGGCCGCGGCGUGGCUUUUGUAUCCUUUGGGGCUUUUGUAUCCUUUGUUACCUUGAAUUCGUUUCAUGAUUUCCUGGGGGAAACUUGCUGAGGGAUCUCUUUCUGCUGCUGCUUUUUCUGUCUUUGUUUUUUUUUAAGUUGACGUGGAUGGAUAAGGUAGGGGGGCAGGUGAAUAUUAUCAGCCUUUGUAGGGGGCCAUGUAAGAAGAUAUCUCUAGUAGAGAAAAGGUGCAUGGGUGGGCUGGGUGGUGGUGGGACUUUUUUAAGGAUGUGCCAGGUGCGAUGAUUGGGCCCUUCUGGAAGGCCUGGUUGAUGCAUGUGGUUCUCAUAUGCAUUGUAUAAAACUUUCUUCUAAAGUGUCACUUGACCUUCCCUUGUUACAUCUAUGUGAUGAUCUUUAUGUGAUGUGUGGUCUCUUCCAUGAUCUGCUGCAUUUCCUCUCUGUAGCGUGGUGCAGGCAUUGAGUGGUUCGGCUGCUUGAUUAAUAUUUACCUAUUUGAUGUGGUCAUUUGAUCAAAUUGAUACUGCUGCAAGUUUAGGUGGUUUAUCAUGUUUCAGUCUUGGGUUUUUUGCGCGAAACAAUUGGUUAU